GAGGAGGAUGUUGCCACCUUCCGCGCACCGUGACGUUCCUGAGCCUUUGCAUCUUUUGGGCUUCAGUCUGGCUGGUGAUGCAAUGGAAGACGUUCAGGCGCGCAGACAGUCAGACACACGCAGAGUCCCCGGAGGAUCCUGCCGAGGCAGAGAAGAUGUCGCAAGACGUCACCGCGAUGCGUCCGGCUGUGCGGGGUGGCAAGGGAGCUGCCAGCUCACAUGCAGCGCACCAAGGGCACCAACAGCACCAAGGUCCAGUUUAUGGAGGGAGCACAGCUGUGCCGCUUGUCAGCGGAUGCCCGCAAAGAGCGCGCAGGAAAGAAAAGUGGGGCCAGGUUCUGAAAGAGGACAUGAAGAUCAUCAAGUCUGGCAGCUCUUCAGUGAAGAGUUGUCACCGCCUUGGAGAUGCUUUGGUUUUCGAUCUCAAACACAUGCAGGCUCAAAAACAAGAGGGACAUGCCUAUGAGUUGCUGCUGCCUGACUACGUUGUGGCAGAUGAAGAGCAGCCGGGCUUUGAGCAACGCUCUUCUCUUCAACUGUUUUUUGCCUUGCCUUCGGGGCCCUUGCAGCCAUUGGGGCCUGCGCAUAGUCCCAAGGAUCAUAUUAUUGCUGGCGGUGGCGCUUACCGCCAUUGGCGUGAACCCAUGACACAUGGCUUCGAGCACACUGGCAGCCGGCUGUGGUUUUCCAUCCCGAAGAAUGUCGCGCUGAAAGAGCUUUCUCGCUUGGUCGCAGUGGUGUUUCCCAUGACUCCCAAUAUGGGCUUCGUUGAGGUUGUACACAAACCUGACAAGAAAGCGAAAGACUAUGAUCCCACGAAGAGGCGUCGCCGCAAGGAGAUCCACCGGGAGUUGUUUUUUGAGACCUUUCCAACCAUCGGAGUCGAGCCACAUCUGGCGGACAGGCCUGAGGCGACCCUGCCGGGGAUCCACUACUUGUGGCGCACCAGCCACCAUGACGAGUUCAAUCUGGAGUUGCAACCUGGGGAGAUCUACGAAAAGCGCAUGCCGUACGCCUUCGCGGAGUAUUUCGGCCGCUUUGAGAAGAGUGGUGCAGUGCUUUUCCCGCCACCUGCUUGUUACAAGUUCUAUGAGAACAAGGUGGCGCUGACCGAACUCUUCCAAGCUUCCAAUGUUUUAAUGCCUGAGACCUGGGUCUUCAGCAGUUUAGCUGAUGCCAUGGGACGUAGGGACCAGGUGCAUCUUCCAGUGGUGCUCAAGGAUCCGUACGGAUAUUCCAGCAUUGGUCUGCUUCAGGCCGAGACAAUGCCGGAAUUGAUUGAAGCUUUCCAGACGUUUUUCAGCAAGGCCAAGCCAGGGGUAGAAGUCUUGGUGCAGAAGAAAGUCAGAGCGCUAAAAGAGGCGCGGGUGACCUAUGUGGAUGGCCGCCCCUUCCAUGGCUACUGGCGGAUUCGACAAAGCCUGAAGAGUGCAUCUGCUGCAAGUACCCGUGGUGGUUUCCAGGACUUCAACUUUCCUCUUGAGACCAUCGCUCCCUUUGUGGAGAGCUUUGCCAACAAGACUGGUGUCCCGGUUGGAGGUGUGGACCUCAUUUGGAAGGACAACCCGGACGUUCAGCAAGAGCCGUACACCUUGGAGGUGUCUCCAACCAGUGACAUCAAUCCGCCCAGUCCACCGGACUGGAAGGAAGGGUAUGCUGAAUUCAAGCAUACCAAGGGCUUCCGCAACGCCUACUUGGGCAUCCGUCGCAAGUGGACAGAAGCCAUGGUACUUGCAGUUGUGGACUGGCACCGAAGAAGCAAGAGGCACCUCUUCGUUGGCAUGGAUACGCUGUUCCAGAACUCCCAGGUUGCCGAUGGUGCUCUAGAUUCUCUCCUGACCCUUCGGAGGAGCUUCUUCAUCCGGCUGUUGACAUCACCUUCACUUGAUGAUAAGGAUCUGAAGGACUAG